GGCUUAAUUGUGACUUGUAACCAUUAUGAAAUGGCGGUCAGAACAAGUGUUUAGUUGUUACAGACACUUCCUAGGAUAGAGAGGCGGACGCUCGGAAAUAAAAUUAGUAAGGGGCAACCGGGCAAGCAGGAAGAGGGGAGGAAGGAAGAAAGGAAGGAGGUAAGAAUAGAACGAUGAAGCACUAUCAUAGUGAGGAGGAGUGCAUUGUCAAUGUUGAGGUCAAUGUAUAGACGGAAGCCAGACAGAAUCGUCGACUUGGAAAAGGGAUCCCAAAGCAGUGAGACUGCUGCAACUUCUGUGAGUGUGACUUCAGUAGCUCCAGCUAUUUCUGCUGCUGUCAGACCAGAAAAAUAUGUAGCUAACACAGUUGGACAGUUCGGUACUGACAUGAUAUCUGCAAUAUCUGAAAACUGACUUAAGGAAUAAACCAGCAUCUAUUAUCAUGAACAAACAAGCAGAAAAUGAUGAAACUAAAGACGUGAAAGAGCAGAAAUAUACCACAGGCCAUGAUCAAGAAGCUCAUAUGGAUCUAAGUUUUCUUGAAAAUUACAAUAAAACAUCUUCCAUCAUAAAAUUUGAUGAUGAAGGACAUUACGCUGAAGAAUUUCGAAAACAACUUUUAAGCAUAAAGCAGUCGUAUUUUCAGCUUAAGAAUCCUAAUGUCAGUGUCACAACAGCUAGUAGACGCACAGCUGGUCAGCUCCUAGCAGACUCGGGGUCAGUGCAGGUGCUCUGCGAUGUAGUUGCAGAGGGGCUUCAGUGGAGAAGAUAUGCUGCUGAAGAUAGUACCAUUAUUCCUGAGUGGUGGAAUCCAUUGAAGAAUGCCUUUUUGACGGUGUUCAACUUCAUGGAUUGUUGUCCAGAGGUUUCUUUUGUGGCUCGAGAUCAGGAACAGUUUGUGUCAGUUUUGUUACAGAAGCUAAAGGAAUGGUACCAGCCUCAUGUGGAGGGUACUUUGAUAAAAGUAGAAAUUCAGAGUCUUCUUCCGUGGUCACUGGGAUCAAUCCACAACAUGGCCAUGUAUCCAGAAAAUGUGUCCAAAUUGCAAAAGUUGCAUGCUUCAAAAGUACUCCUGCCGUAUCUCAACUCCACUUCAGACAGAUUCAAGCUUUCUGCUGUUUCUGCUAUUGCGGACAUUGCCACAGAGGCUGAGGCAGAUCAACUUGCCACUUCACCAGAUCUUGUGCAGUUCCUUCUUGAGAGGCUGAAAAAUGCUUUGGUCAGCAAUAUUCGAAGGCAUGAUGGAUGGAGCGUGUCUGAGAUUGUUAAAACUAUAAGACAGCUGGCAAGAAAUGAUGCCAAUAAGAGGCUUCUAGUGAAAGAGGGUGCACUUCCUUUGCUGACUCAAGGCCUCAAAUCAGUUUAUCAAAAUGAACAAGAAAUCAGCUAUGAGGCAAUAUGGGUCCUAAGUUUUGACAAGGAGAACAUCUCUGAGAUAAUGAAAGAAAAGGACCUUGUUGAUGAAGUAGUCACCCUUUAUAAGGAGGGCACUAAUUCCAAGACCUGUCAGAAAGCUUGUCGAGGAAUUCUGUGGCAAGUUCGUCAUGAGCUGGUAAAAGAUGAAAAACAUGCUUGCAUUGGCAAGAAGUUCACUCAGAAAGCCUCAAGAACUGACAGUGAUUUGGCACGCUUAGAUGUGGCACCUGUCGGCAACACACUUGAUCCUCAAAGUCAUGUGAUGAUUUCAUACCAGUGGGCAGACCAAGAAACUGUUAAAAAAAUUCGCGAUCAAUCUUCGAUCACAUGGGAUUAAAGUCUGGAUGGAUAUUGAUGACAUGGGUGGAUCCACUCUUCAGGCUAUGGCAGAGGCAGUGGAGAAGGCAUUUGUCAUUGUCUGCUGCAUGUCACAGAAAUAUAAAGAUAGUCCCAACUGUCGAGCUGAAGCAGAAUAUGCAUUCCAAAAACAUAGGCCUAUCAUUCCCCUCAUAAUGGAAAGAUGCUAUAACCCAGAUGGCUGGCUUGGCAUGAUCUUGGGCACCAAACUGUUUUAUGACUUCAGUGGAAAAUAUUCAUUUGAAUCUCGCUUAGAACAACUUAUUAAAGCUGUUCACAAGCAUGUAGGAAAUGUUACAGAAAAGCCUGAAUCGUUUAAGCAAGUAUCACCUGAAAUGUCUGCUGAUUUGAAGGAAAGUUCAUCUCCACUGUUGCUACACAGGUCACUGUCAAAGCCAGCAAAGAACCUGUAUUCAAGUAUAAUCAAUAAAAUCAAUUCCUGGAAUAGAAAUGAUGUGCAAGCUUGGCUAAAACGACAUGAUUUGAAUGGAACAGAACUGGAGGUUUUAACAGGAAAAGAAAUUGUUUUCCUACACAGUCUUCGACAAGAGGCACCUGAGUUCUUCUACAACACAUUAGAGAAGAAACUACACAUUGAAACUUUGUCUGGUCUCAUCAGUUUUACGAAUGCCUUGGAUGAUCUGUCUUCCUUUUGAAGUAUAUUCUUUAUUCUGUUGAACAAAUCAAACAGCUUGUUAAUAGAUACGAAGCCUCUAGGCAUCACAACAGUAGCUGGUGAUUAAAAGAUUUUGUUGGCUGUGUCAUGACGAAACUUUCAGGUGUUUGUCAUUUGCUUUGUCAGGGAGCACCCAUCAUAUUGUAAAAUUUCUGUGAUUCUGUUAUUUAUUAAAGACCUAAUUAUUUUUUUUAAAAAGCAGGAAUAUGCAUAAAGGAAUCUCACACAAACAUGCUGGUGCAUGCACACACACACACACACAUGUUUCUUAUUUGUUUUUUUCUGAAAGUAGCACUAACCCUUAAUUCAAUUUUUUUAAAUCAGUUUGUGGCAGUAUAUAUAUUUAAAUAUCUUUAUGUUUGGCAAUUCUAAAUUAUACAGAAUAAUGAAUCUGAGCACUCAUCAACUGUAUACUUGAAACAGUCUCACAUGGUUUGAUUAAAAUUCCAUCAAUAUUUUGAAUGUAAAUAAAAUUAUGAAGUAAUUCAAGACAUUUAAUACUGUUGUAUACAAUUUGCAGUCCCUGAACACUUCAGCUAUUUUGCUGGCUACAACAUGAAAUGUAAAUUUAUUCUUGUUUUUUGAAAAAAAUACAUUAAAUUGAUUCUGUUUUCACAUA